CGCUGGUACAAUAUGAUUACCAGUGGAACUGAGUAUGACUCAACAGCUGCGUUUUAGCCUGCAGCUAGACGAGCCUGACAUUUUUACACGAGGUAGGGCCUAUCUCAGUAUCUGCAUGAUGUGACCUGUCAAUUUCAAGAUUUCAUUGAUUCCAAGCCAAAGUGUGAAUGGAAUGAGACAUUCUUGGCCCAGACAAAGUUGGUCGAGUAUGAAUUUCUUAAUUGUGCGUGAUCUGAAAUGAAUUUCAUCAAGUUUGACUUCAAUGAUGUCGGGACAUUUUCGAAUGGACAAGUUUUUUCUGAGUGAUGAACAUUCAAAUCCUCUUCUACCAAAUCCGUACCAUGGUGGUUGACGGAGAUAGCGAUGAAUAUCGAUUACAAAAAGUUGAAAGCUAAGGUAUGAAGCAGCAUAUCUUUCCUAACUUCUUAUCAGAGGAACCCCAAUCAUCUCAGGAGGAUACAUGGGUACACCAAUCUGAAGUAUGAAGACUCUAGAAGAUCAGGGUUUUGCAGGACAGUCUGCAAAUAACAUUCAGGUUGCUGACAAGGCCAAGGAUUCCCCAAAACGAGAGAAAAUUGAAAAUGAGAAGCAACAUCCGAAUGUGGAAUUUAUCGAAAAAAAUAAGGAAAAUGUAAUGGAAAACGUGGACAGUGGAGGGAAUAAUAUACGCACCACUCAGUGUGACCAAGAUCAACCAAAGACUAAAGAAAGCAAUUCAAAGACUAAAGAGCAUGAUAAAGAGACGCAUCAUCUGAGUACGAAAGACACUAACAAAAGAAAAAUUCCUUUUAAUGAAGAAACACUUGAGUUCCGAUUCUGGAUGCAAUAUAAGGAUUCCAAUUUAGAGGAAAAGAUCUUAUCUUCUUCUUAUGAGGUAUAUCUCAGUUCGACCUUUCUUGCUGAGGAAGUGGGAAUGGUAUCUGGAUUAGAAAAAUGCAUCCAAAAGCAAUUCAGUGAAACUAGCAUACCAUAUUAUAUCAAAUCUUAUGAACAUGAAGGAAUCCGUAGUUUGAAAGUAAGGAUAGCAUUGGUUGUUAUACCAACUCUUGAAAUAUCCAGCAGUGGUAAGGAAGAGCCUAACUUUCAACUAUUACAAAAAUACCUGAGUGCUCUCUUCACUGACAGUGAAACUCAUGAAGGACAUAGAUCAAAGGUCUUGGAAGCUUUUGAUGUACGAAGAUUCCGGGUUGCACAUGAACAACAACUUUCCCGUCUUCUCCUUCAUCGUUACAGCUUUCAGGAAAUACUGAACACAGGAACACGAAGUGAGCAGGGGCAGAUGUGGUAUGAGAAUUUGAGACUGAGGUCCUUCUAUGGAGUAUGUAUUGAGGCUUCCCCCCUCCGUCUUGUAGCAGCAGGGUUCUACGCUACAGGAGAUGGAGAUGAGACCAGGUGCUUCAGCUGUGGUGUGACACACAGGAACUGGACAGGCAGGGACAACCCGUUUGAAAUUCAUGCUGCUGUUUCUCCCUCCUGCAACCAUGUACUUGACACAGACGACAAUAAUGUUUCAAUCCAGGAUACGAAUUCACCAGAACACCUAGCAACUGAGUGCCCUCUCGUAGGUGAUACACAAAAUAACAUUGAACUGAAUGCUGUGCCUGCGGAUUCAACUACGCCAUUUCAUCAAACAUCUGCAUCAAAAUAUGAACACACACUUUCCUCAAUUAACACGUAUGUCCACAUUAUCACAUUCAUAGAUGAUGGUCAUCGCAAUCAACUGGAUGAUAUCGCCGCAUUACGUUCAAGAUUUGAAGCGCUGAUUGAGAAGACCCAUCAUAAAGAUUUCGACGGUAAUGCCAGAUACAUCUUGGAGAAGAAGGAUAACGGUGAAGAGGAAAGUGAACAGACGCGAGAUAAAUGGACAUGUUCACAAGGUCCCCGGACUCAAACAACAGGCCCAGGAUAUUACCCAAACAGUGCUUCCGACAGCUUUGCAUUUCAAAGUCAAGAAAAGGUAAAGGACUUAAAAAAUGGACAAACAAGGAAGAAAACAAAGAGUAAAGCAAGAAAAGAUGAAAUCAAACUGAACAUUACUGUUGAUGACAAUGUUUAUUGGCUUAUCAAUUCUCACUCACCAACUCCCAACAUUCAAAGAAAUACACCAGUGUCAAACUACACCGGUCAGUAACACAAACCCACCAGUAACUGGAAGACUCGAUGAUGUCUCGGACGAAUUGAUCAGUGAACAGUACAUAUUGCAGAUAAUGAGAGGCCACAAAACUGAAUGUAUUUAUUUCCUUAAAUCAGUCACAUGAAACAAAAUUCAAUGAAAAUUAUCACGAAAUGUGUUUCAUAAACAGGACAUUUAAGGACAGUGUUUAGUAACAAAAGAAACUUGGGAUAUUCUUAAUUUGAAACUUCUAAACGACUUAGAAUGGCAAUAUGUCAUGAUGAACACCAUUGGACAGCACAUUGUCUGGUUCCAACUAGCUGCUUUAUGGAAUUUACUGACUAAAAGAAUGCGCGUGUUUUGUAAUUGCACGAGGAAAUAAGGGUAUUUGAGGUUUAGUUGUAGAGAUGUAGGCAAUCAACAUGGAUACCUUUGAAUUGACACUGGUCCCUUGUGACUAUCUCGCGUAAUUUCCAAGACAAAUCUCAAAUGUCUUUUGGAACACUGUUUCUAGACAAAGAAAACAGUGGCCCCGAAAGAGGCUAUUAGAAAUUGUUGCAUUAUUUAUCUUCUUCUACAGCUCGUAGAAAAAUUCGUAGGCAAAAUAAUGAUGGUGUUCCAAUCUCUACCGGUAAACACUCAAAUACAUUCACAGCCAAUAUCUCUGGUAAAGGCUAGGGUGCUGUAAUUGUAGAUGCCGGUUGGAAUCGAUAGCUAUGUUUGCAAAAAUAGUGAUUUGGACAUGAUACGUGUUAUUUACAGUUUAUUGUAGCAUCAUAUUACUUUUGUAAAGAUGUGUUAUUGUGCAUAACAUAAGUUCAUGUCAGUGGCUCUGUGGUUUUUUUACCUGUUCAUACAGAUUACCGUUCUUUGUAUCUAUUUACUCCAUAUCAAUCAUUAUGUUUUGCUCGACAGCUUUUACCCACCAUCCUUUUGGUGUUCAUGUAACCUGAUGAUGUAUAAAUUAUUGCUAUUAAGUAAGAUUUAACAAAGAGUUUCCAAGGUAUAAAAUCACAUGCCUCACCCACCCUCCAGAAUUAAAAUAUACGGUCUUA